UUCAUCUCUAGCUCCUCUUAUUUCCUCCUUUCUCAACAACUUCUAUACAAAAUGGCAAAGUCACCUGAAGAAGAGCAUCCUAAGAAAGCCUUUGGCUGGGCAGCUAGGGACCAAUCUGGUCAUCUCUCCCCUUUCAACUUCUCUCGAAGAGCAACCGGGGAAGAAGAUGUUAGAUUCAAGGUGUUGUAUUGCGGCAUAUGUCAUUCAGACCUCCAUUUCCUCAAGAAUGAUUGGGGAGCAUCUGACUACCCUAUUGUUCCUGGGCAUGAAAUUGUAGGGGAAGUGACAGAGGUAGGCAGCAAGGUAAAAAAGGUAAAGGUCGGAGACAAAGUGGGUGUGGGAUGCCUUAUUGGAGCAUGUCGCUCCUGCGAGAACUGUGUCGAUGACCUUGAGAAUUACUGUCCUAAUCUGAUCAUGACCUACAAUAGCCCUUAUUAUGAUGGAACAAAGACAUAUGGAGGCUUCUCCGAUUCUAUGGUUGUCAAUGAACACUUCAUUGUUCGUUUCCCUGAUAGCAUCCCCCUUGAUGCUGCUUCUCCAUUGCUCUGUGCUGGAAUUACAGUUUACAGUCCAUUGAAAUAUUAUGGACUUGGUGAACCUGGAAAGCAUGUAGGCAUUGUUGGACUUGGUGGUCUUGGUCAUCUUGCUGUUAAAUUUGCCAAGGCUUUGGGAUGCAAAGUGACUGCCAUCAGCACCUCCCCUAACAAGAAGAAUGAAGCUCUGGAGAAUCUUGGUGCUGACUCGUUUUUGGUUAGCAGUGACACAGACCAAAUCCAGGCGGCCAUGGGUACAAUGGAUGGAAUAUUGGACACAGUCUCUGCUGUUCAUCCUAUUUUGCCACUGCUUGGUCUACUCAAAUCCCAUGGAAAACUUGUUUUGCUGGGUGUACCUAAUAAGCCAUAUGAGCUCCCUGCAUUUCCUCUGGUUAUGGGAAGGAAGACUUUGGCUGGGAGCGGCAUUGGAGGGAUGAAGGAGACACAGGAUAUGAUAGAUUUUGCAGCAGAACACAACAUUACAGCAGACAUUGAGUUGAUCCCCAUGGAUUAUGUGAACACUGCUAUGGAGAGACUCGACAAAGGUGAUGUUAGGUACCGGUUUGUCAUCGACGUCGGAAACACUUUGGCCGCCACCAAGCUUUGAGCUUAAACACCAAGAACUGAAUAAAAGUGGCAACGAAUGAACUUCACUAUUGAAUAAAAGUGGAAACAAAAGUCUUACUAAUGGUUAAUGAAUAAAACACUGAAGU